GUCAACUUGUGCCCACGGUCGUUCAGUCGUUGAGCACAUGCAUAAAAACCACCCCUCGCCCUUGUUUAUCGAUCGCGCUGCACACACGAGUGGAGCUGAGCCACUGAGCGGCGAGCCUGGAUAAAGGAUCGAUGGCCGGCGGCGAGGCAGCAGCACCGUUGCUGGAGAAGAAGGAGGCGGUCUACCGUGAAGGGUGCCCGGGAUGCGCCGUGGAGCGGAGGAAGGCGCUGAACCCCGGCGUCCCCUACAAGGAGUUCUUCCACAUCUGGACCAUCAUCCUCGCCUCAUGUUUGCCAGUAUCAUCACUAUUCCCCUUCUUGUAUUUCAUGAUACGAGACUUGCACAUUGCCAAAACAGUAGAGGACAUUGGAUUCUAUGCUGGGUUUGUAGGCACCUCCUAUAUGCUUGGUAGAACUUUAACCUCCACUGCUUGGGGGAUGGUAGCAGACCGCAUUGGGAGAAAGCCAGUUAUUGUGCUUGGAAUUUUCUCCGUGAUUCUAUUCAGUGCUUUGUUUGGACUAAGUGUGCAUUACUGGAUGGCAAUAUCUACACGAUUCCUUCUUGGUUCUUUGAAUGGCAUAAUUGGACCUAUAAGAGCUUAUGCUAUUGAAGUUUGUCGACCAGAGCACCACGCUAUUGCAUUAUCACUUGUUAGCACAGCAUGGGCAAUAGGUCUCAUUGUAGGACCAACGAUUGGCGGAUAUCUUGCACAGCCUACAGAAAAAUAUCCAAAGUUAUUUCCCGUCGACUCAUUAUUCGGAAGGUUCCCAUAUUUCUUACCUUGUCUGUGUAUAUCAGUCUUCAGCUUUCUCGUUCUAAUAAGCUGCAUUUGGCUCCCAGAGACACUACAUAACCACAACACUGACAAAAAGGAAGAUCAAGCAAGUGAAUCUUUGACUGUAAUUUUUUCUAAUUCAGAAGAGAUUGUUGAGCAUAAUAUUACUUCAACAACGAAAAACAAUGUAUUGAAGAACUGGCCAUUGAUGUCAUCUAUUAUUCUGUUCUGUAUCGUGUCCUUUGAUGACAUGGCAUAUUCAGAGAUAUUCUCCUUAUGGGCUGAAAGUGACAGAAAGUAUGGUGGACUAAGUUUCUCGUCUGAGGAUGUUGGUCAAGUUCUUGCAAUUACAGGUGUUAGCAUUCUUGUAUACCAAACAUUUAUUUUCCCACGUAUUAACAGAGUUUUGGGACCAAUCAAUACUUCUCGUGUUGCAAUUAGUCUGUCUGUGGUGCUUCUGUUUACAUAUGCACCAAUCACACAUCUCUCAAGACCUUGGUCGUCAAUAGCAGUAAACAUCGCAUCGAUUCUUAAAAAUAAUUUUCUCAUUACCAUUGUUACUAGUUCUUUCAUUCUUCAGAAUAAUUCUGUGACUCAAGGUCAAAGAGCAACUGCAAAUGGCUUAGGCACCACUUUAAUGUCCUUUUGUAAAACAUUCGCUCCAGCAGGAGCUGGAAUUGUGUUUUCAUGGGCACAGAAACGCCAACAUGUUUUCUUUUUUCCAGGUGACCAGAUGUUGUUUUUUCUUUUGGCCAUUGUCGAGCUUGUGGGACUUGUUUGGACAUUCAAGCCGUUUCUUGUUGUGCCCGAUCAGUUUUCUUCAAAUUAGCACUCCGGAUUUGUACGUGCUAUUAUGGGUGCACGCCUGUAUCAUACUCUUCUUACAAAACUGUAUUCAUACUUUGGCGGUAUGCGCAGUUUGAAUCGGGUUGUAAUGUAAUUACGCAGUUAGGAUUGCGGAGUAGCUGAAAUAAGUAGAAAGCCAUUUUCAAGUGCCAUUAUUAUCUCCCUGCAAAAAAAUACUGCCAUUAUUUAGUAAUUAGAGAAAAAUACUACGAAUCAAAUGCAUCCCUAUUGUCCAA